CAGCAGCACCGGCGCCGCCGCCGCACCCGCCCCGGCCCUCCCCUCCCCGCGCUGGGGAAACCGAGGCACGGAGCAGCCGCGUGGGGCCAGGCGGGACCCGAGGCACCCCCGGCCCCCGGCUCAUCCCGCGCCGCCGGCGGAACCUCCCGGCGCACCGGGCUCUCCACCGACGCCAGGCCAUGGUCACCGGCGGCAGCGCCCGGGGGCAGCAGAGGCCGGGGUCUGUGUGCAGGUGUGGAGGGCAGUCCAUGGCACCAGAACCCCCGGACCCCCCCCGCGCCAGGCCCCGACCCUGCACCCCCUGAUGCCUCAAGGCCCCACCCGGCCGGACCCGGGGAGCCCGAGCAGGUCGCCCCGGCGCCGCUGAGCCAUGCGGGAUCGCUCGGUGCCCCCCCUGCCAGAGCCAUGAGCAGCUGCCGGUACAAUGGGGGGCUGGCACGGCCCCGGGGCCCCCUGAGCACAUCCACACGCACCCUGCACCCACUGGAGACCGAGACCCAACCGCUGCGACCGCGCCGUUCCCCUGGCCUCGAGGUGGUGGUGUCCAGGCCGGAGCAGCCCGGGGGUCCGGAUCCCGAACUGGCAGCAGCCCCAGGGCAGGAUGCAGCUGAGGACCGGGGCCGGGGACCCCGGAGGAACCAGAAUAUCGGGUACAAGCUGGGGCACCGGCGAGCCCUCUUUGAGAAGAGGAAGCGCCUCAGCGAUUACGCCCUCAUCUUUGGGAUGUUUGGCAUCGUGGUCAUGGUCACGGAGACGGAACUGUCCUGGGGCGUCUACACCAAGGAGUCCUCGUACUCUUUUGCACUGAAAUGCCUUAUCAGCCUCUCAACCAUCAUACUCCUGGGGCUCAUCGUCAUGUACCAUGCCAGAGAGAUCCAGCUCUUCAUGGUGGAUAACGGUGCCGAUGACUGGCGCAUCGCCAUGACCUAUGAGCGCAUCUUCUUCAUUGCGCUGGAGCUGAUCGUCUGCGCCAUCCACCCCAUACCUGGGCAGUACCUCUUCACCUGGACGGCACGGUUGGCCUUCACCUACGCUGCCUCAGUGGCUGACGCCGACGUGGACAUCAUCCUCUCCAUCCCCAUGUUCCUGCGGCUGUACCUGAUCGGGCGCGUCAUGCUGCUGCACAGCAAGCUCUUCACCGACGCCUCCUCCCGCAGCAUCGGUGCCCUCAACAAGAUCAACUUCAACACCCGCUUCGUCAUGAAGACCCUCAUGACCAUCUGCCCCGGCACUGUCCUCCUCGUCUUCAGCAUCUCCUCCUGGAUCAUCGCUGCCUGGACAGUCCGAGUGUGCGAGAGGUACCACGACAAGCAGGAGGUGACCAGCAACUUCUUGGGGGCCAUGUGGUUGAUCUCCAUCACCUUCCUCUCCAUCGGCUACGGGGACAUGGUGCCACACACCUACUGCGGGAAGGGUGUGUGUCUGCUCACCGGCAUCAUGGGUGCUGGCUGCACUGCACUGGUGGUCGCUGUGGUUGCCAGGAAGCUGGAGCUCACCAAAGCAGAGAAACACGUGCACAACUUCAUGAUGGAUACACAGCUAACAAAGCGGGUGAAAAAUGCUGCUGCCAACGUACUCAGGGAAACGUGGCUCAUCUACAAACACACCAAGCUGGUGAAGAAGAUCGACCAUGCCAAAGUUCGGAAACACCAGCGUAAGUUCCUCCAAGCCAUCCAUCAGUUGAGGAGCGUGAAGAUGGAGCAGCGGAAGCUCAACGACCAGGCCAACACGUUGGUGGACCUGGCGAAGACCCAGAACAUCAUGUACGACAUGGUCUCGGAGCUGCAGGAGCGCCACGAGGACCUGGAGAAGCGCUUGGGUGCCCUGGAGAGCAAACUGGAGGCGCUGGGGCUGAGCCUGCGAGCGCUGCCGGCGCUGGUGAGCCAGGCGCUGGGGCAGCAGCAGCGCGAGCUCCUGGGGAGCUGGACCCCCCGGCUCUGCCCCGCCACUGCCCCCUGCACCCCAACGCGGGCCCCCCGCGCCCCCUCUACCGCCCCCCCCACCUCCUCGGACAGCGGAUGAUGGGGUGCAGGACACACACACACACACAAGCGGGGCCCCUCUUUAUGUCUUGGCCAUCGUGUGGCUGAUUUCAGUAGCUUUGUUCUGUAAAGCUCUGUAUAAAUUUCCUGCGUUCACUGUG